AUGGCGCGCCCAGAUAGGCGCGUCAAUCUAGCGGUUGCCAGGGCUAUUCCGCCAUUUCUAUUGUGUCCGUUAUGCAUUGACUACCUGAUCCGCCCUCUCCCAAAAUAUUCCCACGGCCGUCGAGUUGGCGCUGGCAUAGCCAUUCUCGUUAUCUUCUACAUUCUCAUUCUUGUCGUUAUUAUAACCUAUCUCCGGCUGUUGUUCAAUAUCACCCGCAACCCUGGCUUCUUACCCCGUGCUCCCGCACCGACGAAGGAAGAGCAAGAGACGGAACCAUCGGACCGCCCUCCACGCAGGAAGAGAAAGCACAGAAGGACACGGACAGCCGAGAAGCCGGAUAAGACGGACGUUGAUAUUGAAAGAGGUGCAGACGGCAACGCCGACAGUGGUGCAAUUCCUUUGGAUAUUAUUGGCUUGGAGAGUUUCUAUACAAAAGAUGUUUUUGUUUGCCAAGAGGAUGGGAGACCACUUUAUUGCUCGACAUGUUCUCGCUACAAGCCUGAUAGAGCACAUCACUGUCGAGAGGUAGACAGGUGUGUGCUUAAGAUGGACCACUUUUGUCCUUGGGUAGGAGGCGUGGUUUCCGAAACAUCAUUCAAAUUCUUUAUACAAUUCGUGUUUUAUACUCUGAUAUUUUGCGCAUUCAGUUUGAUAAUAUGCGCAACCUUCACGGCAGAGAUUAUUCAAGAUGUGAGAAAAUGUCUUUCAAGCUCUCUGGUCUUAUGGACUCUGGCCAUCCGCGUGCCAGAUCGUAUGCUGGCAAGGCUUAACCCCGAGUCACGAUGGGCACCCACUUUCCGCACCAUAACGUACCCACUUCCACCUGUGCCUCUCUCCCCUGAGGCGGCGAGAGAUUACCAGCCACCAGAGAAGCAGCAUGUCUUUGCCAUUCUCCAAACCCUGCCUGGCGAGAAUCCUUUCGACCUCGGCAGUCGCUUUAAGAACCUCCAACAGGUCCUGGGGUAUUCCAUCAUCGACUGGUUUCUACCUCUCAGACAAAGUCCAUGUGCAGACCGCACUACAGGAGACAGCUUCUACGAACUAGGACCGGUAGUGUCCCGCCUGAAAAAGGAGGCCGGAUUAGACCCUCCACCCGAAUCGCAGCCCACAACACAGAAUGACACAGAAAGAAAACAUAAGCGAAGACGAAGUUCGCAUAGACGAUCGCAAGGGUGA